AGAGCAACGCCAUCUGGCAACGCUGGGGCCAAAAAGCAUUAGCGGCAAAAAAAAUAAAUUUUUUGCCUUUACGUUGGCGUAAAAGUUCUGUCGCACAACAAUUACAAAGCUCGGCCAGCUUGGUUGCACAGGAGCGGAGCGGAGGCGGCGGAAAACGGGAGAAAAACAAACCAAAAGACACGGCAAAUCAGAAAUCAGUCUAGUCAACAAAAGCAGACCAAAUGAGCACGCACUUCGGGACUAACGAGCAGCACAAACUAAGCCAAAAAUAAAGCUAAAGAUAAAAGAGAGGCAGCAGAAAGCAGCAGGUAACACACACGCACACUAGCGCAUCCCCCCUCCCCGUACACUGAGCGAAAUCGAGGCGAAAAUCGGCGGCAAGAUGCGGGUGGUGGCCAUGGUCAGUGGCGGCAAGGACAGCUGCUACAACAUGAUGCAGUGCGUCGCCGAGGGCCACGAGAUCGUCGCGUUGGCCAAUCUGCAUCCCAAGGACAGAGACGAACUGGACAGCUUUAUGUACCAGACGGUCGGCCACAUGGGCAUCGAGAUUCUGGCCAGCGCCAUGGGAUUGCCGCUGUACCGGCGCGAAACCAAGGGCAAGAGCACCCAGACCGGCAAGCAGUACGUGCCCACCGAUGACGACGAGGUCGAGGAUCUAUAUAGUCUGCUGGAGACAUGCAAGCACGAACUUCAGGUGGAUGCGGUGGCCGUGGGCGCCAUCCUGUCGGACUACCAACGCGUGCGUGUGGAGAACGUGUGCAGCCGCCUGAACCUGAUAUCCCUGGCCUACCUGUGGAGGAGAGAUCAGACUGAAUUGCUGCAGGAGAUGAUCGACUGCCAGGUGCACGCCAUCAUCAUCAAGGUGGCUGCCCUGGGCCUCGUGCCGGAUCGACACCUGGGCAAGUCGCUGCGCGAGAUGCAGCCGCACCUGCUGAAGAUGCGCGACAAGUACGGACUGAAUGUGUGCGGCGAGGGCGGCGAGUACGAGACCUUCACGCUGGACUGCCCGCUCUUCCGGCAGCGCAUCGUGGUGGAGGACAUCCAGACGAUCAUCAGCAGUGCCGAUCCCAUCUGCCCGGUGGGCUACAUCAACUUCACCAAGCUGACGCUGCAGCCAAAGGAGGCGGCGGGCGCAUCCAGCAGCGGCGGCGGCGGCGGCGGCAGCGAGGUGGUGUUCGUUAAGCGUUCACUCGACUACAUUAGCGAUCUGAACGAGUCGACGUACAGCGACCUCAGCGAUCCGGACUUCAGCGAAACGGAGCUGGAGCUGAUCGAGAAGGAGACGCGGCUGCGCGAGUCGCUCAGCCAGAGCGAGCUGAUAUCGCGCAGCAACUCCUUUGGCCGCCACCUGGCCGCCACCGCCUCCUCGCCGAUACCCAUUGUCACGAAGAGCGCCAGCGUCGACGAGCCCACAGGCGGAGGAGGAGGCGGAGGAGGACCGCCGAUCUGUUCCGCCUCGGCCUGUGCCUCCAUGCUGCUGACCACCACCGCCACCAACGCCGCCGACGGCCUGAGCAGCCUGGCCAGCUCGCAGAGCCACGGCGGUGGCCAUGGGCUCGGCAGCAGCACGGCCGCCGUGUGCGGCUCGCUGUCGCUGGCCAUCUCCUCGCUUGGGCUCAGCGCCAAUACCUGCUGCCAUCCGGGAGGAGGAGGAGUUGGAAUCGGAGUAGGAGCACCUUUGGCCACCACACAGCCGCCCAGUCCGCUGAAGUACGAGCGGGAAUUCCGUCCACUAGCCAACGAGGCCAGAGCGGCCAUCAAUGCCAAGGGCUGGAUGUGGCUGGCGGGCAUACAGGGCUCCGGUUCGGAGGGCAUUGAGCAGGGCAUGCAGCAGGCCCUGGACACGCUGGGCGAGAUGUGCCAGGCCAAGGGCUACGAUCUGCAGGACCUGUGCUACGUCACGCUCUACGUGCGCUCCAUCGGCGAGUAUCCGGCGCUGAAUCGCGUCUACCAUCGCGCCUUCGACUUCCACAAUCCGCCGACGCGCGUCUGCGUCGAGUGUCCGCUGCCCGACGGCUGCCACGUGGUGAUGGAGGCCAUUGCCUACCGCCAGCCGGUGGCCGGUGCCAUUUCGAGUGCCGAGGAGCGGGACCGCGAGGGCGAGGAGACGGCGGCGGCCCUGCUCAACGGGCGUCGCAACACGAUGCAUGUGCAGGGCAUCUCGCACUGGGCGCCGGCCAACAUUGGGCCCUACAGCCAGUCGACCAGGAUUGGCGACAUCACGUACAUCUCCGGCCAGAUCGCCUUGGUGCCCGGCAGCAUGACAAUUAUCGAGGGCGGCAUCCGUCCGCAGUGCAAGCUCACGCUGCGCCACAUCAGUCGCAUUGCCAAGGCGAUGAACGCCCACGGUCAGCUGCGGGAUGUGGUGCACGGCAUCUGCUUUGUGACCCAUCCGGCCUUCAUUGGGGAGGCACGUCGCCAGUGGGAGCGUCGCACCACCAAUGCGAUCAUGGACUACAUUGUGCUGCCGGCGCUGCCGCGAGAGGCGCUCGUGGAAUGGCAGGUGUGGGCGCACACCCACAACGAUCGUUUCGACUACGAGGAGACUGGCUGCUCGGUGGGUGACUACACCAUCUCGAUACGACGUCGCUGGAACUACGAGAACAACUGUGCGGCCAUCGUUUGCUACGUAUCCACCGGUUUGGCCUCGUCCACCACCCAACUGACCCAGCUGAGCGACGACAUCCUGGGCAACCACUGCCGCCUGGCGCAAUCGGUUAGUGCCGAGCAUCUGGACGAGAUUCUCACCUAUGUGGUCAAUCGCCUGCUGAAGGACUAUCCGCUGGCCAAGAAGCAGCCGACGAAUAAUUCGGGAACACCGCCGGCCACGCCCACGCAGCCGGGCGGAGCGGGCGGAGAUCAGCAGCAGCCUGUGCCGGCGAUCCAUCUGAAAUUGUUCUACCAAGUGAACGCCGCACCGGCCACGGAUCUGCUGCUCCAGGCGCUGCACGAUUUCCGUGUGAAGUGCCAGGAAACGGCCGCCAUUGUCUACACAGUGCUGCCCGCCUGCAGCCUGCACAACUUCAGUACGUUCCUGUCCAUUUGCGGAGUGAGGCACGAGUAGGAGCCGCACGCAGGGAGUUGGAGGAUGAUGAUAGUGAGGAGGAAAAUGAUGAAACAAUUUGCUGCCACCGCACCAAGCAGAACACAGAAUAUAUAUAUAUAUACACCACUAUAUAUACACAGAAAUAUGUAUAAUGGAUGGGUCUCCAUUUCGCAUUGGCAGAAAGUAAUCUUUGGAUAAUUCCGAGCCAGUUGGCUUUUAUAUCAAAUAUUUAUGAUUUCUUUUAAAUUCGUCUAAUGUCUGUUGUCAAUGGGAAUUCUUUUCCAAUUACAAGUUUUUCCCAGUAAGAUAUUUAACAUGUUCAGGGCCAACUGCCGAGUAUUAUCCAGAGUUUGCUUACUGUCCCACCCAUUUUCAGUUUGCAAAGAACACAAAUAGACCCAAUUAAAUGUAAAAUCAGCUUGCCCUUUGUUGAUAUUGUUAACUAGCAGAUGAUCCUAAGAUCGAGAAGAUACCGUAGAGCCUGCAUGCUGUAUCUGUAUCCAUAGAAUAGCUCACUUCGUGUCGCAGUUUCGGACCAAACUCUCACAAAAAAAACCAAAACAUUCAAAACGGAUCUAUGCAACUCAAGUGUUUCAGCAACUAGCGAAGGAAAACCAAGCAUACAAAUUCAAUUUAAAGCAACUUUAUAUAUUAUAUACGAAAAAGAAAAAGCAAAAGCAAACCAUUUUUGUGCACUCUAUUGCCCAAGAAAAUGCAAAAGAAACAAACCAACAAACAACUGUAACUAUACUCUUAUACAAACUAUUAACUAUUAA